AUGCAAAAUUAUUACCAUGAAGAUAUAAAAAUUUUUUUUUCUAUUGAAAAUUUAGAAAGAAUAAAAAAUCUUUUUAAAAAUGUAAAAGGAACAAAAGGAGAAUUUCACAAAUUUUUAACUUACAAUGCUUCAAAUGAAUUUUUUUUCAACUCUAACAAUUAUUUAAUAACAAAGAAGACAAUGGAAAAAGAGAAAAUAGAUGAAAAUAUAAAAAGUGAAAAAAUUAUAUUUAAUGAAGAAAGAAGUACUAAAAAAGAAGAAAAAACAAAAACAAAUAGAAGGAAAUCAUCUAAUUUAAAUUGUAAUGAAUUAAACAAUGAAGAAAACAAAAAUGAAUAUGAAAAUAUCUUUAAUGAUAAAUAUGUGAAUGAUGAAUAUGAAUUCAUUUGUGAAGAAAUAUUCAAGUGUCUAUAUAAAAAUGAACAAAAUAUUAAAUACACUAAUAAAUAUAGAUUAUUAAUAGAAAUAAUAAUUCAAGCUAUUGUGUACUCAUAUAAAAUUAAAUUAAACAUAUACAAAUUAAAUCUAUUUAUAUCAAUAAUAAUUAUGACGAUGUAUAAAAUUAUGGAAAACUUAAAAGAAAAAAAAAAUAAAAAAAAAAAAACUAUAAAUUAUUUUAUAAAUUUAUUAGAUAAAAAUAUUCAGUAUGCGCCAUCCGAAGAAAAACUAGUAAAAGAUAAUACGUUAGAUGAAAGCCCAUAUAUUUUCAAUAACUUAAAUACAACACAGGAAAAAAUAUAUGAUAGUAUAGGUGAUCAUAAAAAUGUAAAUGAUAAAAAAAUAAAAAAUGACGAAGAAUUAAAUAAUAAAAUAGAUAAACAAGCUUUAAAAAAUGAAAAUGCUGAGGAUGUCAAUGGCUUACAAAAUGAAAUAGAAGACAUGAAUAAUUCAAAAGAAAGUUCUACUAAGAACAAAAGAAACAAUAUAGAAAUAGAAAAUAAAAAUUUACUCAUGGUAGACACAGAUUCAAUAAAAUGUGUAAACAGAGAUAUUAUAGUUUUUCAAUAUCGUGAAGCUAAAUAUAUAAUAAAAUAUAUGUUUGAAAAUAUAUUCUCCAUUUAUAAUAUAUUGGAAUAUAUUUUUUUAUUUUCUUCUUUUCCUCUUGAUUUAACUUUUACUAACCAUUGUUCAUUUAUAUCACCAAUAGAAACAUUUUCUAUAAGUGAUCAAAUACAACACAAUAAAGAAGAGUUAGAUGACAACAAAUUCGCAACAAACUCUUAUAUAAAAAAAGUACUUAAUAUUCCUCUUUUUGUUUUAGAUAAAUUUUAUAACAAUAUUGAUGAAUUAAAAGAAAAAAUUGAUAGCAUUAUAACUUAA